AGCUGUUGCAAGUCAAGGCGGCAACCGACCUCGUUAUUUGAGACAUACCAGUUUCAUAAAAGUCUAGAUUUCAAAUGUGCACAUCUUCCUUUUUCCAAUUUUUGCACGAAAAAGUUGGUCAAUGAGAGACGCAGAAGAAAAUCUUCAAGUUGGUUCUCAGAACCAGAACCAGGAGAACCCAAGAAAAAUGGGGUUCUGGGGAUUGCUAUGGACCCCUAUCCAAUGGUUCAAAAUGCUCAGUGAAGAGUUGCAUUGGAGCUUUGUGUUGGGUGUGGUCGUUGUGUAUGGAGUGAGCCAGGGUUUGGGUGUUGGUCUGAGUAGAGUUAGUACACUGUAUUACAUGAAGGAUGAGCAGAAAAUGCAGCCCUCUGAGGCUCAGGUGUAUUUUGCGUUUAUUCAAAUUCCUUGGGUUGUUAAGCCUCUCUGGGGCCUCCUCACUGAUACUGUUCCAAUUCUUGGGUACCGGAGACGACCAUAUUUUGUUUCCGCAGGUUUUCUUGGUGUCAUCUCCAUGCUUGUGGUAUCCUUGCACAAGAAAUUGCAUCUUGCAUUCGCUUUGUUAUCUCUAAUGGCAGGCAGUGCUGGAAUAGCUAUAGCAGAUGUUACCAUUGAUGCCUGUGUGACACAGAACAGUAUAACUCAUCCAUCCCUUGCUGGUGAUAUGCAAAGCUUGUGCGGACUGAGCUCUUCUAUUGGAGCACUGAUAGGAUUUUCACUUAGUGGCUUUUUUGUUCACCUAAUUGGGCCUAAGGGUGUCUUUGGGUUGCUUAGUAUCCCACCAGGAUUGGUUAUUUUGGUUGGAAUGGCGCUGAGGGAAUCCCACGUCCAUAACUUUACAUACAGACGGGUAAGUGAAAAGUUACUGGAUGCCAGUAAGACUAUGUGGACAACAUUGAAGUGCCCAGAUGUGUGGAGGCCAUGUUUAUACAUGUACUUAUCACUUGCUUUAAGCAUGAAUAUUAAUGAAGGAAUGUUUUAUUGGUAUACAGAUGCCAAGGGAGGUCCAUCUUUCUCACAGGAGGUCAUUGGAUCCACAUUUGCUGUUGGUGCAGUUGGCUCACUUCUUGGGGUCCUUAUCUACCAAAACUUGUUAAAAAACCACCCUUUUCGUGACUUACUUUUCUGGACUCAGUUUCUCUAUGGUGCAUCAGGAUUGCUAGAUUUGGUAUUGGUUUUACGCAUAAACUUGAAAAUUGGUGUACCAGAUUUUUUCUUUGCUGUAAUUGAUGCAGCAGUUACUCAUAUGAUAGGGCGUCUUAAAUGGAUGCCUCUUCUUGUACUUAGUACCAAGCUUUGCCCACCUGGCAUAGAAGGCACUUUCUUUGCUUUGCUUAUGUCCAUUGAUCAUGUUGGUAUGCUCUCAUCUUCUUGGGCAGGAGGCCUCUUACUCCACAUUUUGAAGGUCACAAGGACACAGUUUGAUAACCUUUGGAUAGCUACAUUGAUUAGGAGCUUGAUGCGACUAGUUCCUAUUGGAUUCCUCUACUUAAUUCCCAGAAAUGAUCCCAACUUCUCUGUCCUUCCAACCGAGAUGUUGAUGACAAAAAAAGGUGAUAGUAUUCUUGAACCUGAUACUGUUGAGAUGACCUCCCUUGUCAACAGCACUUGAUCGAACUAGAGAUGUUCUAAGAUGCAACUUGAAAGGAAACGCACAUCUAAUAGGAAUUUAUGGUUGCUACUUAUAAAAAAAAAAUAGGAAUUUAUGGUUGCUGCAUUGAAAUUACUGCUUCUUAUCUCCAACCUGGACGAGGGUAAGCAAUUUUGCUGCAUUGAUAUUACUGCUCCAGACCAUCAAUGAGUACCUCAGUGGAUGGCUUGGUUGUCUUUCAAAGCAGUUCACCAUAAAAAGCCUUCAAAUGCACCAUUGUUGGGGACUUCUAUACAUGCAAUCAGCCGAUAAUUAUGAUGGAAUGAGCUACAGAUCUCAGAUUGUAUAGCCAACCCAUACAGUUUCAAUUCUGCUCUAGGAUUUAGAAUCAGCAUGAAGCAGGAGGCCUGACAUUGAAGCAGAUUCUUUUUCUCAAUUCAUACUUCAUUAUUCAAAUAACAGCUCCAAUUAAAUUCAAGAAAUUACUCCAAUGGAUGAGGUUCAUGUUUA